AGGCCCUCCCGGUUCCACGUUGCCGCUUUCUGGGCUGCUUUGUGCCUUCUGACCCGGUGGGGGAAGCUGCUGCCCGGGCCUCGUGCAAGGCUGGGGCGCUUCCUCUGAACUCAAGGCAGGGACCCUCACACCCGGCAUUUCUCCCAAGCCCAUGUUCUUCCCCCUGUUAUUCUGUAUUAUGCCAUGUUCAUUGGUAGCGCUUUGAAUAAUAAUGGACUGUGGUUCCAUUUGCUGUGUGCUUGCGUCUGACCUGUGUGCCAAAGGGCUGCACACUGACUAGUGUUGAUUCUGGAUAGUGCCUGGUGAAGAACCAAAGAUCAGAAAAACACACAAUGACCAGCACCCUUGGGAGCAGCUGCCACCCGGUGAAAGAGCAGAGAGCCCGGUGGGAGAGGAAGCGCUGUCGGACGGCUAAGGAACUGGUGGAAACUGAGCAGCAGUACCUGGAGCAGCUGGGCUUGGUAGCCACGUACUUUGUGGCCAUCCUGAAGGCCAAAGGGACCUUGAAGCCAGCGGAUCAGGAGGCCAUCUUCGGGUGCCUGGAGUCCAUCUGCUCUGCCAGCCGGACUCUGCUUUUCCAUCUGGAGGGAGGCCGCUUGGGGCUUGGCCUGGAGGGUUUCUGCCACCAGCUGGUUCUCUACGUCUGCUAUGCUGAAAACCUGGGAAAGGCCCAGAGCACCUUGGAGAGGCAGGUGCGGAAGAACAAACCCUUUUACCGCUUCAAGAAGCUCCAGGAGUCCCGGCCAGAGUUUGGGGGCCUUUGCCUGGAACAGCUGCUCCCGCUGCCCCUCCAGAGGCUCUCUCGGUACAGGCACUUCCUGAAGGAUUUGGUAGGAAAUACCCACCCAGAAAGCUCUGACUUUAAGCAGCUGACAGGAGUUCUGAAGUCUGUCUCUGAGGCAUAUCACCGAGUCCAGGAAAUAUCUCGUUGCCGUGACAAUGCCAACCAGAUGCGCCGGGUUCAGAAGCUGCUUAAGGGACAGAAGACCCAGAUUCUGGCUCCAGGGCGCUGGUUUCUCCGGGAAGGCUGGCUAUCGGUGGUGCCCCCCAAGGGGGAGGAGCUGCAGCGCCGGAUGUUCUUCCUCUUCUCCGACAUCUUGCUGGUGACCAAGCCCUGCCACCCACUCCACCCCUGGAACGCACACAAGUUUGCCUGCCAGGCCGUUCUCCCUCUCAGGCAAGGCACGGUGCAGAAAGUCUUCGGCCACACGCAGAGCCAAGGGGGGCUGCUCAGCGUCUCCUUCCCCCACAGGACGUUGCUGCUGAUGUCGUGUAAUCAGGAGGACUUUCAUGAAUGGCACCAGACCCUGUUGACUGCUGUCAGGCAGCUGCAGAUGGACUCCCCUCCUGCUGAAUAGAGGACCUGCACAGGGCCCCCUCCUGCUAGGGCCAGACAAGCCCGGACCAGGCCAGUGGGUGCCAACGGCUGUGCGGGCUACAUAGAAACCACUGGUUACCAAAGCCACCAUUUCCCUUCUUUGGAAGCCGCAGCCCAAGGCCCAACCUGACCUAGCACUGGCCCAUCCUUGCUUUUGCUUCCCCUUGACUCUACCUGGAGACCUGCAAGAUGUCCAGAAUUGGCCUGUUCAUUGGAGCUGCUACCUGCAAGGCCACUCUGCCUAUUCAGGCUGCAGAGGCACCUGAGCCUUAAGCAUAGUCAGGUGAAGGAGCAAAAUGUCCAUCUGGCUUGAGCUGCAUCAGCAGCCUCACUCCAAGAUGGCUGGGAACAAAAGGUGCAAGUUUCCCUUGGCUUGAACAAGCUUUGACAUUUUAAAAUCUGCAUUUUACUUUCAUGACUCUAUAAAAAAUGACAAUCCUUUUAGAAUUCUUAACACUAGACUGCUUCUGGGGCCAAAAACCCCCGUGGGUCCGUUUGGCAUGAUGAAGAGGGUGAAGGCAUGAUGCCUCGGAGUGGUGUAUCCUGUGCAGCUGCUGCUCCCUGUUUAUUCUCUACUACUAAGAAACAAAAUCCCUUGAAGAAUCUGAUGUACACUGUGGUCUCCGCAAAGUGAUUAAAGUCUGUGAUGUCAGCAAGCACAGUGAUGUCUUAAGCCAGGGGUGAGGAACCUGCGUCCCUCAGCAAGGCAGAAAAGGGGAGACCCCAAGAGAAAAAGGUUCUUCAUGCUGGCCUUAAGCAACUUUAGUAAGUUCCUGUUCUUAAGGAUGCCCUCUGCUUCUCUGCCAAGGGAUAGCUGUGUGGACCUGGGAUUGGACACAAUGCAGCCCAAGGUUUCUCAGGAGAUGGGAAGCUGCCCCUCCUCUCUCUACUUGCCCUCUGUGUGACCACCCAAGUAAAAUGCAUCUCCAUAAGGCAACAGCUUCCGCAAAGAAUUGGCUUGUCAAGUUUAACUGAAGUAUGUUCUACUCACUCCUGACACUUAUAAUUGCAAUUAUAACCAUUUUUACAUUGCCAUCACAAAAUAUAUUUUGAGAUUAUGGUUUUUGUGUUACCAGUGUUCAAGUUUUGUGUAGCUUUAAUAUACUUUCUUUGAGAUUUUGGUGUAUUAAAACCUAUCUUUUAACCUCA